AUGGUAUCUAUUACUUGGCUUCUAUUUUUCACGGUUUUUUGGAUUUUUGGUAAGUUGUUUGAAGAUCUUCUUGAUCUAGACACUCUAGAAACCUCUAGCUAUCUCCUAAAGCCUUAUGAAGCCUCCUGAAGCCUCUUGAAGCCUUUUGAAACUUUCUGAAGACUUCUGAAGCCUUCUGAUGCUUUCUGUGUCAAAUUAAUUCGAAAUAUUCAGAAUCUGAAGCAUGUGAGAUCCGCGACUUUGUGCCCUGCGUAAUGCAACUCAAUUCCCAAAAAGUCGACUUCAAAAUCAAUCCCCUAGAAGUUAUCCUAAAUCUAUCAUCCGAAGCCAAGCUUAUGCAUGCCUGCCGAACAUAUUCUAGAGUUUUUCCAUGUUUCGAACAGAAAUUGAGUCAAUGUGGAACCUCUGAGCAGAAAUUACAAUUGGAAAGGGGCAAGCGUGUUCAUAGUUAUUUAUGUGCUCCGUUUUCGCUACCCAGGCAAAAAACUUUGAUCAGAAAUAGCUCGUGUCUUCAAAAAAUUCUGAAAGAGCCUGAAACUAGAAGCUGUGAUAGAAAGGGAACACUUUAUGAGGAAAAAUUAGCUUCUUGCAGGUAACCUUAAUUUUUUUUUAUCUAUUUUUUAAUUUCAAACUUACCUACCGCUUUAAGAGACUACUGUAAAAACCGUACCGAUUGUGAGAACAAGAUUGAAAUGUCUGAAAAUGCAACAUGUAAAUAUAUACAAAUCGAGAAUAGAUGUUCGGAAGAAGCUGCCGAGUUUUUCGGACAACUUCAGCGGGUGCUAACAAAUCGUGAAUAUCCAAUGCAAUGUCAAUAUGACCUUCGACCUGUUUUUCAUGAAUUGAAAAAGGGCAUGACUAUGGAGACGUCGACGCAAAAUUUGUUGCGAUCAAAAUUUUUGCCGAAUCCUUUUAGUGGCAGAACUACUAGGACAACUAUGGAUAAUGUUUGGAACGUUAAAAAUAGCGAGGUAAGUAUGGGAAGUCUUCUGAAGCCUCCCAAAUCCUUCUGAAUUCUUUUCCAGCCAGAGCAAGUUAGCCCUCCACCUCUCCAAUUUAUGUUCAAUCUUCCCAAGGAGCAAACAUCUACACAGCCUUUCAAAGUUGAGAUAAAUUGGAUGGAUGAUAUUCCAAAAACCACUACUGAAAUGACGGUUAGCUCGAGAUAUAUUAUCGAUUGAUUAUCGAUUGUUUUUCAGACAAAAACCUCACCUUGGUAUAUUCGAUCAACUCCAUCACCAUCACCAUUCAAAUCAGUGAAUCCGAUUCUAGACCAUCUGAAAGCGUCGCCACCGUUGAAUUUGACAGAGAUCGGAAACCAUGCCAACAAUUAUUUUUCAGCCGCGUUGAAUGCGAUUUCAGAGACAAAAAAUCAGAUGGAACAAAAUGAUCCGUGGCGAACAAUUAUUGAUGCAGUUGCGCCAACUAUUAUUAAGGUUUCGCCCGAAUUUAUACCGAGAAUUCGACAGGAAAUUGAUCGAAUUCAACCUGAGCAAUGA